AUGUUGAAAAUCACUUUGGCAAAGACGGCUCUCCUGCUUGCCCUCGGCUCGCCUGCCUUCUCCGCGGUUGUCCAAGACAGAAACGCCGCGACCUACGAUGACCUCGUCUAUCGCUUCGCCGCUGACGAAGCUGGCUUCCAAGCCGAGUCUAGCCCUGUUUAUCCCGAGGUCUUCACAGUUCCCGAAGACUUCGUCCCUGACGAGGAGUUCUUCGCCAACCACUCGGCCCAGAACCAGCCUCUUGUUGGUCGUGGCAUCAUCGGCGACGACAACCGUUUUCAGUGGGAUGGUGUCGACUUCCCGUUCAAGCCAAUCGGCAGGCUUACUUUUCAGACGCCGACCAGUGGAGUAGCCUGCAGUGCCACUCUGAUCGGUCCUCGCCACGUGCUGACCGCCCGUCACUGCGUUGCUGAUGGUGCCACCUUCUUUACCAAUGGACGCUUUGCUCCCAGCUACCUCAAUGGCGAGCGCUUCGGUUCCGCAGGCGUCACCGGCGUCAUCACGGACCCAGACUUUGCUCAGUGGGCACCUUCUACCUCGUGCUGGAUCAAGAACGACUAUGCCAUUCUCAUCCUCGACAGGCGCAUCGGCGAGGAGACGGGUUACCUCUAUCUCGGCUCAAACCCCGACCCUGCAAAGAUCGGACGCCAGGUGCUCAACACCUGCGGAUACCCUGGAGACAAGGGCCUGAAUUCUAAGUGGUGCCAAUACCUGCGUACUCCCACGCUGAUUGGUGGUUGCGGCGACAACACCGGCCCACUCGCCACCGAUAUCGAUGCCGUCGGCGGCCAGUCUGGCUCGCCUGUAUGGGACCUCGCUCCCAAUGGCGCCGUCUGGAUCUGGGGUGUGCUCUCCGUUUCCAGCAAUACCGAGACCAUCGCGGCUUCUGGCUCGACUAUGAUGCUUGGAUGGCAGUUCGCCAUGGCUCAGUUCCCUUAGAGGGGGUGCUCAGUCUCGUCAACUCGAAACCAAGCUGGACAAACCGUUUGGCCAACGGUGCAACGGUGGCACAUCUUUUCACCAUAGGAGCUUCCUCAAGAAACCUUGUGCCCACAGUACGAAACAGUGUAGACUGUUCUUUUUCUCUUCUAUCUUUGUGGCUCUGUGCCUCCCGAUAUUCCUUUCCGGGCCCUGGAGACUCUUUGCGUUUUUCGCGGCCCAUAUUGCCAGAAUAAAGUAUUUGCUCAAAAUCUUGUAUCAG